AUGCACGAGCUGGAUGCUAUUACCGCUCUCACUGCUCAAGUUGCAUCAUUGACCAAGCAACUACAACAAAAUUCUAUGGCCACUCAGGUCAUGCAAAUCCAAGUGGUAUGUCAUAAUUGUGGUGGUCCUCACCCAUUUGAGCAGUGCAUGGUAGUUGAGAUGAACAACUCCAUUCUCAUGGAGCAGGUGAAUAUCAUGGGAAAUUUCAAUAGGCAAGCGAAUAGUCCAUUCUCCAACCCGUUCAAUCAAGGGUGGAGAAAUCAGCCUAAUUUUGCAUGGAGAAAUAAUAAGGGUCCUCAACAAAUUCAGCAGCCUAUGCUUCAAGCUCCACCUCAGGCACUAUUACAACCACCACUACUACCUGUUGCUCAAGAGAAGACAAAUGAGUUACAAGUUGCACUGUUAACUCUGACUAACUCUCAAUCUCAAUUUAUGACAGAAACUCGCUCAUCCAUCAGGAAUCUUGAGAUGCAAGUUGGUCAAUUGGCAAAUAUGUUACAAAGUAGGCCUCAAGGAAAUUUUCCAAGUAAUACAGAGGUGAAUCCUAAAGAGCAGUGCAAUGCAAUCUCUUUGAGGAGUGGGAAGAAGUUGGAAGAGUCAGUCAAGAAGUCUAUACCUGCACCAAAAGUUGAAGUUGAGAAUGAGGGUAAGGUAGAAGAAGAGGUUAUUGAAGACCUUGAGAAGAAUCAGUCACCAUUUAUGAAGGAAAUAUUGUCAAAGAAAAAGAAGUUGGAUGAUUAUGAGACACUGGCGCUUACUGAGGAGUGCGGUGCUAUUUUGCAGAAGAAACUACCUCCCAAGCUUAAAGAUCCGGGUAGUUUCGCAAUUCCUUGCUCAAUAGAAGAUAUUGCUAUGACCAAGGCCUUAUGUGAUUUAGGGGCUAGUGUAAAUUUAAUGCCCUUAUCUAUUUUUCGAAAGCUGAAAUUAGGAGAAGCUCGCCCCACUACUGUGUCCUUACAAAUGGCAGACCGCUCUAUUAAGCAACCUCGUGAAGUAAUUGAGGAUGUCUUAGUUAAGGUUGGUAAAUUUAUCUUCCCUGCUGAUUUUAUUAUUCUAGAUAUGGAGGAAGAUGCAAACAUUCCCAUUAUUUUGGGAAGACCAUUCUUAGCCACAGGGAGAGCACUAAUUGACGUACAAAAAAGGGAGUUGAAGCUGCGAGUGCAAAAUGAAGAGGUAAUAUUUGAUGUUUUUGCAGCAACUGAUAUUCCAACUUGUUGUAGGGUGGAUGUGGUAUGUAGUGGUGGUAGUAAUUUUGAAACCACUAAGAGAAAAACCAAUGCUAAAAUUGGUAGUCGAGCAGUUCGUAAUUGUUUGAAACAGUUCUAUAGUGGAAAGGCUAGAAGGUUACACGAGCGGUGGAAGGCUCCGACAAUUAGCAACGUCCAAAGACGAGUUUUUGCUUAUGACACUAUGGCUCUAAAGGAUGAGCGGGGUGGACUUGACCCGAGUUGA